GCCCUCGCUGCUCACUACUAACACACAGGACCGCGUUUGCAUUUUCCACGGCCGGCCAUUCUACACCUUCGCUACAUCCGGGCGGCCCCUCGUUCACCAGCAACCCUGCCAGUCGUUCCGGAGCUCGCUCCCUAAAUUGUCCCGCAGCACAAACACAGCUGUACUCCAUCGAACCCGAACCACACCUACCCACCGCACAUACUAUUCCCAGCUUAGCAAUUCGUCAUGGAAAACUACCAGAAGAUGGAGAAGGUCGGAGAGGGCACCUACGGAGUCGUGUACAAAGCUAUUGACCUCACGCACAAGGACAGGCGCAUCGUCGCGCUGAAGAAGAUUCGUCUAGAGGCCGAAGAUGAAGGCGUCCCCAGCACCGCAAUCCGGGAAAUAUCCCUCCUGAAGGAGAUGAACAACGUCAACAUCGUCCGCCUCCUCAACAUUGUCCAUGCCGACGGCCACAAGCUCUACCUUGUUUUCGAAUUCCUCGAUCUAGAUCUGAAGAAGUACAUGGAGGCCCUCCCGGUGAACCAGGGUGGUCGUGGCAAGGCUCUCCCAGACGGCACUGGACCCGCGCUGCAGACUCUCGGCCUGGGACCCGACAUGGUCAAGAAGUUCAUGGGACAAUUGAUUGAGGGUAUCCGGUACUGCCAUGCUCACCGGGUGCUACAUCGCGACUUGAAGCCGCAGAAUCUGUUGAUCAACAAGGAUGGCAACCUGAAGUUGGCGGAUUUCGGCCUGGCGAGAGCUUUCGGUGUGCCAUUGAGGACAUAUACACAUGAGGUCGUCACCCUCUGGUACCGCGCUCCGGAGAUCCUGCUAGGCGGCCGCCAAUACUCCACUGGUGUCGACAUGUGGUCUGUUGGAUGUAUCUUCGCCGAGAUGUGCACGCGAAAGCCACUAUUCCCUGGUGACUCGGAGAUCGACGAAAUCUUCAAGAUCUUCCGUGUCCUGGGAACUCCGACUGAAGCUGAAUGGCCGGGUGUUACUUCGUUCCCUGACUUCAAGCCUUCUUUCCCGAAGUGGCCUCGGACGGAUAUUGCAACUGUUGUCACCACCUUGGACGAUGCUGGCCUGGACCUACUCGACGCUCUCCUAGUCUAUGAUCCCGCUGGUCGUAUCUCAGCUAAGCAAGCAGUAAUCCACCCAUACUUCACGGGAAAGCCUCCUGCCGGCUAUGUCGGGGUGCCAUAUAAUGGUUACCAUUAAUGCUGCCAAGAUAAGGCUGGUAUGAUGACGAUGUUGCAGCUACGGAGUUCUGGGGGUAGGCAUUCUUGGGAAUAGCUGCAGGGUGGGAUGGGGCUCGGGUAGAGCUAUGGGUUUGCUGUCUCAAUUAUAUCUUGAUGCAUGAUGGCAUACACAUGGGAAGGGAGUGAGGCAGGCACCAGGCGUUUUGGGAGCCUGCGCAAUAGUCUCACUGACUCUUUACCUUGUAUUUGCAUGAACUCGUUCGUGCUUUGGAUAGACGCGCUCGUUAUGGAGGUGAUGUUUACAACGUGUUCGUCAGUGCAUGCCUUUGUAUGACUACCACUACAGGAAGUACAGUGCCUUGCCAUACAUACCGUACACUUUCCUGCCACUGGUUGUGAGGCUCCAACGUACUAAUAGAAUCCGAGGGGAUACACUUCUAAUGCGAG